AUCGUCGAUUCAUCAUCGUCGUCGUCGGCGACUGUAAUUAUCUUCUUCUUUACGCCCCCAUCGAUCUUCGAUAACUGUUCAUCUUAUCGAUACGCCGGUUAAGAUCUCAUCGAGAAACUGACAAAUGAAGCAUAUAAUAAAGAUCUUGAGCCUCUUGGUGGCAAUCUCUGCCUUCUGGAUUGGUCUUUUGCAGGCUGCAAUUGUUCCUCGAAGCCACACAUGGUUGCUACCAGUCUACUUUGUUGUAUCCCUCGGAUGCUAUGGUCUACUAAUGGUCGGAGUCGGGCUUAUGCAGUUUCCUACAUGCCCACAAGAAGCAGUUCUGUUGCAGAAGGAUAUAACAGAGGCCAAAGACUACUUCAAGCACAAAGGGGUCGAUGUUGGAUCGGACUGAUACAAAGGCUUAUAACGACCAACAUUCAGAAAUAGUUUUUGUAAUUGAAAAAGACCUUAAACGUACUGUUUCGAUAUUUUUUUAACAUGAACAGUGUUUCAGAAGUAAAACGCAAAAGCUUAUGUAUCCAACCGCAUCACCAAAGUAUAAUGUUCUUUUCUUAAUCA